UCCAAAACAUAAAUGACAACAUCGUUGUUCCACGUAAAUGAAGUUGUUUCUUGUUCUGGAUUUUGAUAUUCGAUUAUAAACUGCUUCUUUCUGAUAAGUUCGCAGAGCAGUAAAAUUUAAAAUUAAGGAAAAUAUAUCAUCUUCAAUUUUUUAUCCACAAAAAUGCCAUUGAAGCUUGAUGUUAAACGUCAACUCCUUGCUCGUUCAGAUCGAGUUAAGUGUGUCGAUCUUCACCCUUCUGAACCAUGGAUGUUAGUCAGUUUGUACAAUGGAAAUGUUCACAUUUGGAAUUAUGAAACUCAGGUCAUUGUGAAAUCAUUUGAAGUUUGUGAUUUGCCAGUAAGAGCAGUAAAAUUUAUUCCUAGAAAAAAUUGGAUAAUAACUGGAUCUGAUGACAUGCAAUUAAGAAUAUUCAACUAUAACACUUUAGAGCGUGUGCAUUUAGUUGAAGCUCAUUCUGAUUAUAUCAGAUCAAUUGCUGUACAUCCAACUCAGCCAUUUGUAUUAACUUCCAGUGAUGAUAUGAUGAUUAAAUUAUGGAAUUGGGAGAAAAACUGGGCAUGCACUCAAGUGUUUGAAGGACACACUCAUUAUGUUAUGCAGAUUGUUAUAAAUCCUAAAGAUAACAAUACCUUUGCUAGUGCUUCAUUAGAUCGCACAGUAAAAGUAUGGCAAUUAGGUUCAACUUCACCAAACUUCACUCUAGAAGGCCAUGAGAAAGGUGUUAAUUGUGUUGAUUAUUAUCAUGGGGGAGAUAAACCGUAUUUAAUUUCUGGAGCUGAUGAUAGAUUAGUGAAAAUAUGGGAUUAUCAAAAUAAAACAUGUAUUCAAACUCUGGAAGGUCAUGCUCAAAAUAUAUCUGCUGUCUCUUUCCACCCAGAAUUGCCAAUUAUUAUGACUGGAUCUGAAGAUGGAACUGUUCGUAUUUGGCAUGCAAAUACUUAUCGAUUAGAAAGUACCUUGAAUUACAAUUUGGAAAGAGUUUGGGCAAUUGCCUGUUUAAAAGGUUCAAAUAAUGUAGUUAUAGGUUAUGAUGAAGGAAGUAUUCUAAUAAAGCUUGGCCGAGAAGAGCCAGCCAUGUCAAUGGAUAGUUCCGGAAAAAUAAUUUGGGCAAAGCAUUCUGAACUUCAACAAGCUAAUUUAAAAGCCAUGGUAGAUGCUGAAAUCAAAGAUGGUGAAAGACUGCCUUUAGUCGUUAAAGAUAUGGGCAGUUGCGAGAUAUAUCCUCAGACAGUAUCUCAUAACACAAAUGGAAGGUUUGUUGUUGUCUGUGGUGAUGGUGAAUAUAUAAUUUAUACGGCUAUGGCAUUAAGAAACAAAAGCUUUGGCUCUGCCCAAGAAUUUGUAUGGGCUUUAGAUUCUUCUGAGUAUGCAGUUCGAGAAAGUACAACAUCUAUUAAAAUAUUCAAAAAUUUUAAAGAAAAGAAAACUUUCAAACCUGAGUAUGGAGCAGAAGGAAUUUUUGGUGGUCAUAUGUUGGGUGUGAAGUCAAUAAGUGGUCUUGCAUUCUAUGAUUGGGAGACGCUGGAUCUAAUACGUCGUAUUGAAAUCCAGCCUAAGCAUGUUUACUGGUCAGAAAAUGGUGAACUUGUUUGCAUUGCAGCUGAAGAUUCAUUUUACAUUCUUAGAUAUAAUGCUGAAGCUUUUACUGAAGCUAAACAGCACCCAGAAAAUAUUUCUGAAGAUGGCAUUGAAGAAUCUUUUGAUGUUCUUGGAACACAUCUUGAAACUGUUAAAACAGGACUUUGGGUUGGUGAUUGUUUUAUCUACACAAAUUCGCUAAAUCGUCUCAAUUAUUAUGUAGGUGGGGAAAUAGUCACUAUAGCACAUUUGGAUAGAGUGAUGUAUCUUUUGGGUUACAUACCAAAAGACAAUCGAUUAUACUUGGGUGAUAAAGAAUUGAAUGUCAUCUCUUACUCCCUACUGCUCUCUGUUUUGGAAUAUCAAACUGCUGUUAUGAGGCAAGAUUUUGAAACUGCCCAAAGUGUGUUACCUUCUAUUCCUUGGGAACAGCGUACAAGAGUAGCUCAUUUCUUGGAAAAGCAGGGUUUCAAAGUACAAGCAUUGGCUGUAUCUACUGACCCAGAUCAUAAAUUUGAACUGGCUUUGCAAUUAGGAGAUCUGAAAGUUGCUUAUAAACUUGCCAAAGAAUCUAUGUCUGAGCAAAAGUGGAAGCGAUUAUCUGAGCUAGCUCUGUCAAAAUGUGAAUUCCAACUUGCUGAAGAAUGUUUGCAUCAUGCUAAAGAUUAUGGUGGUCUGCUGUUGCUAGCUACUUCUUCAGGAAAUGCAAGCAUGGUAGAAAAAUUGGCACAAAGUGCAGAGCUAGAAGGCAUAAAUAAUGUUGCAUUUAUGUCUUACUUUUUACUUGGAAAGAAAGAAAAAGCUCUUAAUAUGCUUGUUCAAAGUAAACGUUUACCAGAAGCUGCAUUUUUUGCUCGUACAUAUUUACCUAGUCAGGCUUCCAGAAUUGUUAAACUUUGGAAAGAAGGCUUCAAAAAAACUAAUGAAAAGGCUUCUUAUGCGCUUGCGGAUCCUGAAGAAUAUGAAAAUCUAUUUCCGAACUUUAAUCUUAUAUUGAAGGCUGAACAGUUUAUGAAACAGAGUCAGAUUCGUCUGCCAGCUUCCAGCUAUUCUAAAGCAUCUUCUAGUGCUGAAAAAGAUCCUGUUGAAGCCAUGCUGGAGGCCGAAGCAUCUGGAAGCUUUGUUUAUGUUGCUGAUGAUGAUGCAACUGGAAGUCAACAUUCUCUCUCCGAGGGUGCUGGAGAUACUAACAGCCUUGUAGAUAAUCUCGCUUCAUCUUAUAAAACUUCGAAAUGGGCUCAAAGUGCAUCCGAAUCUGAAGAGAAAGAACCAGCUAAAAAUUUAUUAGAUGAGCAAAAAGCUAAAGAUGAAGCAGCUUCUAAUCAGAGUAAAACGGCUGCUGCACCUGAACUAACUCCAGAUGAAGAACUGGAACUUGAUUUGAAUAAUUUUGUUCUUGACGAGGAUGUGGAAAUGACAGGUAAUUUCGAUGAAGAAGAUAUGGAUUGAUAUUACUGUUCAAAAAGUCUGAAAUGUCAUGUUUGGGAUUUGCAAAGAAAUUAUCAUCAUGGACUCGAAUAUUGUGAAAUGUGGUAAUAUUUUGUGUCGGUGUUCAAAAAAAGAGGACCAGUAAAAUCUUGAAAUCAUAUUCUACAAGACUUUUUCAUUAUUUUGUGUUUGUAAAUAAAUGUUAUUCACUUCUGAGAGAUAUUUAUACUUUUGUCUGAUAUUCAUUAAUUAUUAUUUGGUACAAGUACUAUGUAAAAAAAAAAAAAAAAAAAUCUUUGUAUGUUUUGGGUCUUAUUAAAACUAUUUUAUAUUGUCA